AUGAUACCUCCAUGUCCUAGGUGUGAAAAAGAUGAUUUCAAAAAGACUCAUGAUCGAGAUGCACACUUAAAUUGUAAAUUUCUAUGUAAACUUAAUAUCCAAAAUCCUAUUACAGACACAAAGUGUCCUGCUUCGCAGACUCCAAUAGCUUUACUACAAAAUUCUGCUACAAAUCAAAUUUCAACUCAAAUCUAUGUUCCGGUAGAUGAUUUAAUCCAAUUGGAUGACACAUCUUCUUCACCUAUUCAAAGCUCAGACAAUGUUUCUUCAAAUCUUCCCCAAAAUGAUACAGAAUGGUUUGAUAAUAUGGAAGAUAAAUAUAAUACAAAUACUGAUAAAAAAUGGCCUGAAUUAGGUAGAUCAUUGCUCUAUGACUAUCCAAAAAGAAAUAUCAUAAAGAUAAAAGGUAAUUUUGGUAGUAAACCAGUAAGAAAAAACUAUAGACUAACAAACAAAAAGUUAAUAUUUGAAGAAUGUGAAUCUAGUUUUGCUCCUGAUCCAUUAAGAUUCCAUCAGAACUUAACAGCAAUAAAGGUUUCAUAUAUGCCUCAACUUAUAGCAAAUGCAAGAAAGCAAAUUACAAGGGUACUUAAAGUCGAAUUGAGCCUUAUGCAUGUUAUUCUUACAGAAGAAGAUAUCAAUGAACAUAUAAAUUUAUCUAUAUCAGAAAUAGAUAAUGAAAUAGACUUAUUUAUGAAAUCAGGAUCAGGAUGGAAUUUGAAGCUUGCCAAUACCAAAUGUACAAUCAAUUCUGAUAAAUCAAAAAUAAUUAAUCCAGUUACAGGUAUGCCAUCUAAUAAUUGUCUACAAGGUGCAUUAGCUUGUUAUUUUGCUUAUAAAGAUGGACAUACAGAACACCUUGAACGAAUAUAUACAAAAAAAGAUUAUAAGCAAUACUUAGAUAUAGUCAAUUUAGAUGGAAUCCCAAUGCCUACUCCAAUUUGCUUACGUAUAUUCAAUAAGAUAGAAGAGAUGCAUCCAGAUAUUUCUAUUAAUGUUUGGGAAUGGAAAAAAGAAACAGCUACUUCUAAACCUGUAAUAGCAAGCAAAAAUUAUAAUAGACAACAUAUUAUAUAUCUAAUGGCUCUUACAGAUAUCACCAAAUCUAAAGAAAACAAUUGGCCAUCAGAAAAAUCUCUAGCAUAUCACCAAGAGCAUUGUUUUGGAUUAGGAGAAGCCACCCAAAGAGUCAAAUUACCUAUCAAGGAUGUCAAUGACUUUGAGAAGUUUAAGAACUAUGGACGAAUGAUCAAUGCUCCAUGUGUUAUUAUAGCUGACUUUGAGGCUGAUAAUAAGAAAUGCAAUGAGAAAUAUGGAGGGCAAAUGCGAAAGCUUGCUGAACAAAAGGCCAAUAGCUUUUGCUACUUGAGCCCAUUCCUAUAUAGAGGAGAAAAUGCUACUCAGGAAUUUGUCAAAAGAAUUGAUAAGGAAUUAGUUCAAAUUAAUAGAGUUUUAGCUAUAAAACAUGAUCAAAUUGAGACCAACAAAGACAAAAAGAAAUUCAAUGAAGCAGAUAGUUGUUGGAUAUGCAAAGAAAAAUUCAUUAUAGAUGAAGAUAAAGUCAAAUGCUUAGAAAAUAAGGCAUCAUGGGUUAAUAAUAAGCUAAAAAAUAUCACAAUGAAUUCAAAAGAUUAUAAGACCUUAACAAAACAAAUUGACAAGAUAACUAAAGAUAUUAAUCAAGAAAAGUCUAUAAAUAUAAAGGUUUGGGAUCACUGUUAUAUUACAGAUAGCAUGCAGUUUAUGAAUAGUAGCUUAGCUAGUCUUACAAAAAAUUUGGGUGAUAAUCAUCCAAUAACAUCUGAGCACUUCAAAAAACUAGGCUAUACAAAAGAUCAAUUAGAUUUAGUAUAUCGAAAAGGAGUUUAUCUCUAUGAUUAUAUGGAUUCACAGGAUAGGUUUUUAGAGACUAAGCUUCCACCAAUUCAUGAAUUUAGUACAUAUCUUCAUGGUAAAAUUAGCCAAAAAGAUUAUGAGCAUGCCCAAAAAGUAUGGAAGGAAUUUAACUGCAAGACUUUAGAUGAAUACCAUAAUAUAUAUCUUAAAACUGAUGUGCUUAGUCUUGCUGAUGUCUGGACACAGUUGCGAAAAAUGUCUAUGAAAUAUGAUGGACUCGAUCCUAGCCAUUAUGUUUCACUUCUAGCAUAUUCUUGGGAUGCUAUGCUUAAGAUGACAGGAGUUAAAAUCGAGCUCUUUACUGAUAUGGCUAUGCAUAAUUUUAUAGAAAAGGCUAAGCAUGGAGGUAUAGCUAUGGCAUGUAAACAAUAUUUCAAAGCUAACAAUCCUAAGAUGGGUAAAGCAUUUAACCCAUCUAAACCAACAACAUGGAUUCCAUAUGUAGAUGCAACAAAUCUUUAUGACUGGGCUAUGAGUCAGUAUUUGCCUAUUAGAAAUUAUAAAUGUGAGGUAAGUUAUAAAUAUCUUGAAGAUAAUUCAAAUGAGCAAAAGAAAUAUCUUGAAAAGAUUCUUAAUACUAAAGCAGAUGCAAAAAGAGGAUAUUUUCUAAAUAUUAAGGUGCACUUCUCUCUAAAAACUCACGACUAUUUGAAUGAUUUACCUCCAGCUGUAGAAAACAUAGUUGUAAAUAAAAAUAUGUUAUUUCCCUAUACUACAGAGCUUGUAGAUAACUUGGAUAGUGGACGUUUCUCAGCUACAGAAAAAUUAGUACCUCAUCUUGUAGAUGAAGUUACAGAGAUCUUAUCAUUCAAUCAGGAUAAUUGGCUUGCCCCCUAUAUAACUUUUAAUACAGAAAAACGUAAUAAGGUCAAAAAAGCUGAAAAUACAUUUCUAAAUGACUUUUUCAAACUCAAAAAUAAUGCUGUAUAUGGUAAAACUAUGGAGAAUGUUUGUAAGUAUCAAGAUGUCAAGCUCAUGGCUAUAAAUAAUGAGCAAGAUGAAAAAAAAUUUAUUAACCAGAUUCGUAAACCCUCAUUUAAGUAUGCUAGACAACUUGGUCCUUCACUUAUAGGAGCACAUAUAGGAAAAGCUAGUAUAACUCUUAAUAAGCCUAUUAUUGUUGGAGCAUCAGUCUUAGGUCUUAGCAAACUUCACAUGUAUCACUUUUGGUAUGGGUAUGUAAAAGAGAAAUAUGGUGAUAAAGCCCAGCUUGGAUAUAUGGAUACAGACUCUUUUAUAUUUCAAGAUGAAACUCCAGACAGUGUAAUUACAGAAUCCUAUUAUAUUCGAGUCAAGUCUUAUCACUAUGUUUUGGCAAAUAAGUCUACAAAGUCUAAGCAUAAGGGAGUUAGCAAAAAGGGUAUGAGUGAAAUGGCUAUGAACUCUUAUAUGCCAGCUUUAGAAGGGUCCUUGCUAGAUGAUCCAGUAGACAGGUCAUUAUUAACAGAGCAAGAAGCCAAUGAUUUGGCUAUGCGAACUGAGGCAGAUUCUAUGACUCUAAAGUCUCUUUGCCCUAUAGAUACUAAGCGUUGGAUAUUAUCUGAUAAAAUAACUAGUUUGCCAUAUUGGCAUUGGCAUAUACAAGCAUAUAAAAAUUUUGUAUCAAAUGGAAUAUCUCCAAAGUUGACUGAACAAAGAACUUUAAGCGUUAAGCUCUCAAAGAGGUAUCAAAAUGAAUAUUUGAUAAUGGCUGAGUUACAUGAUCAAGUUUCCCAGUACAUAGGCUUCAAACCUAAUGAAAUUCAUUUUCCAAUCACAGAAGAAGAUAGACAGAUAUUGCAAGAAAUAAUAUUAGACCAAAAGGAAAUAGAAGAUAUUAAAGAGGAAGACUUGGACCUUAGUGAAACAGCUAUUAAAAUUUUAGAAAAAAAGGAAAUUAAUGGCCAGGACUUUCUCAAGAUAAGCGAAGAAAAGCUUCGCAGUUAUAAAAUGCCAGGUGGACCUGCAUCAAGGCUUUCUGACUUCGCUAAGGACCUUAAUAGUGAUAGCACUGAAUCAAUUCCACUGUUCAAAAUAGCUAAAGUAACCUGCGAGAUUCAAGAUUCUAAUAAGCAUUUCGCAUACUACAUGACAGAAAUUAUGGUCAGGCUAAAAAAUUAUGGGACAUUGGCUGUGGAUAGUUUAGAAGCCAUAUGUAAUGAAUAUGUCAUAGCAAUUCUCCAUACUGCUCUCAAUAUUGCUAGAGAUGAUACGCAAAAAAAAUUUAGUAUAAGGCCUCAGUAUGAAAUUGUUGGAAACAAAAGUACUGGGCGAGAUGCUGAGGACUUAAUUGUAUUACAGAGGAUAAACAGCACCAGGUCCCCAUGGGUAUGGCUCAAAACAUCCGCCAGCUUGAGAGGUCAUAUGAAACGAACAAGAAAAAAUGAAAAGCAAGUGAUACGUAGUAAAUUAUCAUAUACCAUUGAAUUUACUGAAGAUGCUUUGAAUGAAGAAUCUGAGGAAUAUCAAAUAUUGUGCAAGAGUUUAAGAAGGGUAUUGGGGAUGGUUGUAGAACAUGAAUCCAGAUUUAUAAAACUGGAGCAGAAUGAUAAAGAUACCACUUCUGAAAAUGUCAAACUUAAAGCUAGGGUUGCAAAAUUGGAACAGAAGCAAUCGCAAACCGAUGAAAAGAAUAACUUUAUUGUUAAAUCAGAUGAUGAUGCUAAGGGAAUUGAUCAAUCUUCAGUUAAUACCAUCUCUAUCAAAAUGAAAAAUUCUAAUGAUACUCCAGCAUCUAAUAUAUCUGAUAAUACUUCAAAUUCUGAUGAUGUAUCUAACUUUGAUAUAUGCCAGGAAUCGGAAAACCAACAUCUCACAUCUCCUAUUCUCAUAGAGCCUAAAUCAUCAGAAGACAUGGAAAUUGACGAUUUCCUAGAUUCAACAUAUAAAGAAAAGGUGAUACCUGAGGUAUCGGUUCCUUCAACUUCGAUAUUCAGAAACACUGAACUCGGAAAGUCAAAAAUUUCAGCCAGGGCCCCUGGCCAAAAUAGCCAUAAGAAGAAAGGUGCAGAAAACAUCGUACAAAUGAUAGCUGAUGGUAUUAAGGAUGAUGCCCAAUCGAGUGACAAAGCUACUCCUUGUAAUGUGAUUUCAAUUGAGAGUCUCAACCAAAAUUUAUCUACAGAUUCAUUGAUUUCUCUAGCACAAUUAUUCGAUAAAGCAGAUGAUGCUGAAUAUGGCGCAAUUCAUGGAAAAGGCAAAAUAGGAGAAAAAAAGGCAAAGGGGAUAAUAUAUGAUAAAAUGUUGGAACACCUAUCCAUGUUGCAAAAGCAACGAUCUGAAGAGACAGGAUUGCAUCGCCUAGAAAUAUCUCGCGUAGAUAAUAUUAAGUAUAUUAUGACAUAUAGUGCGAACUCUAUUUCUGAGUUGACUAAUGAUAAAGUUCAAGAUAUUAUAGAUAAUUUCUCCAAGCAUAAUGAUAACGAUAACAUUGAUGUGGAAGAAGAAGUAUCAAGUCACAUGACUGAGAUUUCAGCCAGGGGCCCUGGCCAAAAUUCAGCUGAGGUAAGCGAAUUAAUCACACCUAUUCCUAUUACACAUGGCUCUAAUUCUUUAGGUAAUUCAUCAUUCAUGCCUCAAAUCACUCCAGCUGAGUCAGAGAAAGAGACUAAUGAAGUUCAGAUAGUCGAUGAUAGUGAUUGUAGCUAUGACAAUGAUUCUGAAGAAGAGAGGCUAGAUGAAUCAGAUGAUGAUGGAUAUAAUGGGUACGAUAGAUAUGAUGAAUAUGGUGGAUGCGAUAGAGGCUAUUAUUAUCGUGACAGAAGAUACGAAAGAAAAAGCUCACCAAUGAUGAGUCCUAUUAUCUCACCAGUAACCACCUAG